AAAAGGAGGAGAAUUCAGACAAGUGAAAGAGAAUGAGUGAAAUUUGAUAGAGAUAAGCAGAUGUGAAAAACAUUUGAAACGAAUCAAAUCAGAAUGCCUUACUUUAUCCUCAAGACUUGGAUAAAGUCAGUCUAAAUCUAAAUUCAUAGUACGGAAAAAGAAUACAUGACAUUUCAGAAUUGCUUCUGAAAUUUCUACUUUGAAGGUACUGUUGCUACAAGUGCAUUGAAGUGCACAUAACCCGUGAGUAGAGAUAAAGGACAUUUAAAGGUGAGAGAAGAGAAGUCUGACUGAAGAUUUGUAGCGAUGGCGAACAGCUGGACAUUGACGGUGGUCGUCCUCCUAAGUAUCUUUAUGGCAAGAAGUCAGACAAGAGGAGAUCAAGACACUGGAUCACAUCAGAAUCCAGCUUCUGCGGUUAAAAAACUGACAGUUUUCCAAGAGCAGACCUUUAUUUCGGGCAGCGAUGUGACUUUACGAUGUGACAACCUCACUGUUGUCAAAUGGAAUGAAUUAAUUUAUAUAAUCUGGAACAUCAGCCAGCAAAACAGAACGUGUUGGCUUGGUUUGUCCCCCAAGCUGGACGGCCCAUGCAAUGAUGGAAAGAAGCUGUACAACACCUCAGAUGGCGUUUCCCUAUUCAUUCCCAAGAUUUCAAUAGAAGAUGAAGGAUUUUACUUUUGUGAUGUAUCAUAUAAAGGAGGAAGCUCUGCACUACAUGUGACUGUAAGCGUUAUCAACGUUUCCACCAAGCAGUACAGAGAAAACAAUCAAAGGAUUGCUGUCUGUAAUUCCAAAUACAAAAUGAAAGCACCCACUCUUCAUUGGGAACCUGCCUUGAACUUUCCCUCCAACGUCAGUUCUGUCAAGAAGCUUGGCAAGUUUUUUAUGCUGGAGAAUCAAGUAUAUCUGCCGGAAAAUCUCAACAUCAGUGAGCUCACCUGUGUGGCCACAUACACCUCUGAGUCCGGCUCUGUGCAGCACAGGAGCACACUUUAUCUUCCAGUCAGGUUGGAUGAGGACCACUGA